CAUUCACAUUCACAUCAUCACAGGUUCCUGUCAAACACAGGUGAGUGAAUGCUCCUCCAUUACACCACAUCACGUAGAAUUGAAGUGUUUUUGAGUAUUUUGUGUACGUGUGUGUGUGUGUGUGUGUGUGUGUGUGUGUGUGUGUGUGUGUGCUAUUUAUCAUACGUGAUAUGUGUUGGACAUCACUGAGGUGUUUUAAAAAGCAUUUGCGUGUGAAAGACAUGAUUAAUUAAUGAAUCUAAUCACAUAAAAAUGUCAUAUUUCACAUUUGUGUAGUUAGAAACGUUAACAUACAGCCACCGUGAGAUAAAAAGCAGAAUGUCUGUGUAUUUAAUUUGUUGGCUCUGUAAAUGAGUGACAGGUGAAAUAGAGACAGAAUGCAGAAUGAGAAACUUGUAAUCAUCAGGGUGUGUAGCAAUUGUUUAGAGUUUUUGAAGGGGGCGUCUGCUGGUUGAUCAGGACGAGUAACUUCAGGUCACACCUAGAGAACUGCCAAAAGGUACCAAGACGUGAGAACAAACACCUGCCACAAAUAUGCAUGGCAACAUGCCCGCAGCACUGUACACGAACACAAGCAUUCACUUUAACAUUGCAUGUGCUGAUCUCCUGUGUACUUCACUUCACAGUACACUACAGACAGAUAUCACACAUCUCCUCUCAAGAUCCUCAUGUUCUUUUAUUUACCGCACAUGUGAAAGUCAAUCGAUACAAAUGAUAUUUUGUGUAAAGAAGAUGAAAUCUAUUUUAAGACACACACAAUGUGUCGCAGGUUUUUGAAUCCCAGUAAGAUGAUGGAAGACAGCGGCAGAAGAAGAACCAUGUUAAAGGACGGCAGCUGGAUCAGACGAGAUGUUGAGGAGGACGAACCGGUCGAUUACGAUCCAAACUUUGGUAAAUCUGUCCUGGGACGGCUGAAAUCAACAGAUGAUGCUGACAGCCCCCCGGUGAACUCUGGGAGAUCCGUCAACUCUUUAACCAAACAAUUUGGUGACAGUCAGGCGCUCAAUAAAAGCAGCAUCAGCACGACAACUAAAAGCUCUGUGACGCCCCGCAAACCUCCCGUUCCAGUCAAGAAUCCAGCGGUCAAGACCUCACCUAACACAUCAAGUUUUACCGCCCGUGUUUUUUCAGGCGCAAACACAAACAAUAAACCGGUAAGUAGUCCUAUUAAAAGAUCAUUCGGUGAGAAGUCUCCAGAGGUCACCGUAUCUCAAACUAUCAAUCGAGUAGAAAAAACCUCCAGUCCUGCACCUGUCUCACCUGUGAUUGUACCUCCACCUCCACCUCCACCUGUGUCAUCCGUCACAUCCACCACCUCCAGCAUUGUGAAAACACCGGUCAGUCCAUCACCUGUUAAGAGCCCAAGCAGAUAUGAAAACGAGUCGCCCACUUCCUCAGUGACUACUACUAAACGGAUCAUCAGCAGCUCUAACUCAAGUUCUCUUGUCCUGGAUGAGACUCGAAGUACAAAACCUUCAGAGAGCUCAGAGAACUUCAAGCUGAGUGAUGUCAGUUAUUCUUCAACACGCACAACUCCAUCAUCUGAGAGCCUGAGCACAACCUAUUACAGCAGUCAAAGAUCCAGUGCUCCGCUGGAUGAUCUGUCUGAUACUUUAAUCCUGAGCCGCUCUGGAAGUGUGUAUUCACAACCGCUCCAAUCCCAGACACACAUGAUGUCAGUUGAUCAGUCACACUCCAGUGUGUAUUCACCUACAAAAACAUCAUUCUCAGAGUUCACCUCCAGCAGGUCUGUCAGCAGCCGUGAUGUUUGUUCAGUUUGUGGUAAACCCACCCCUGGAGCAGCAAAAAUGAUUCUAGAAGAUCUGCAGAUUUUCUGUCACACCUCCUGCUUUAAGUGUGCUGUAUGUCACACAGCUCUUGGGAAUCUGGAAGCUGGAAAGUCUUUGUGGGUUCACAGAGAUCGAGUGAACUGCUCAAACUGCUACAGUAAGAUCAAGGGUCAGUGGUACAACUGAGAAAUCCAUGAAUGUAAACAGAGACUGCUGGCAGAAUGUAAAGAGAUUAUUCAUCCAGAUCCAGUCAAUGAGUUUGUUAUUAAAUGUGUGUGUGAUGAGGAUAUGUGGUGAUAUUUAUGAACAUUACAGCAUGAUAAAGAUUAUUAAACUGUUUUUCUUAUGAUUAUCAUUGGGCAAAGAUUUAAUCAUUCAUGAGCUUAUACAGUAUACAUAUUAAACUUUAUAUAUUCAAAUAUGGUUUAAAUGCAGCUACUUCUAUUAAUUUCAUAUAAUGUCAUUGUGGUAGGUGAGGUGAGGUGUUUAUUCCUAUUAUAAAACGGUUGUAUUUUUGUAGAUGUUGUAACUUUUCUGUGUCAAAUAAACGUCAAACUCACAUUUACUUCAUCUGAAAGCUACAUUCUAUAAUUAUGAGUGGCGAUUACUGAUGUUUAUCUUCUCUUUGAUGUGUGUAAUGUCGUGUUUUUGUGUGUAGUGUUUGUUUAAAAUCUGUUUUUAAGAUUAUGGAUUGUGUUGAUUAUGUUAAAGCAUUUUUAAUUAGCUGUGAAUUAAAACAAUAGAGAUCA